UGAAAAUAUUUGGCAGACUUCCCUCAGAGGGAGGACGUAUCCAGGAAAAUUUCAUGAGAAGCUGAUACUUAAUGUGAGACACAGUGGGAGUGAGGCACAACGACAUUUUCCUGAAAGAAGCAAGCUCAACAGUGACAAUGCAUAUCCAGGAGAUGGGUUUUCUGAGCAGCCUGCUGUGCAAAUGGCAAUCACAGGCAACUUUCAUUGGUAAAGCAGUACUGCCUGUGCUCCUGCUCAUCAGAAUGGUGAUCCUGGGCGCUGCGGCGCAGACAGCCUGGGUGGACGAUGAGCAGGACUUCGAGUGUGACACGCAGCAACCAGGCUGUAGUGUGGCCUGUUACAAUGAGUUCACACCUGUGUCUGCUGAACGAUUUUGGACACUACAGCUGGUUCUGGUCUGGGCUCCUGGUCUCGUCUUCCUCUGCUACCUGAUUCACCUCACCAUCCAGGAAAACCAGGUGAGGAGGGGAGAUGGAGAGGUCAAAGGUCAUGCUCUGGGGGCAUACCUGGCCUGCAUGGUUUCUGUCAUACUGGUAGAGGUUGGAUUUACUGUGGCACAGCCAAUAGUCUUUGGCUUUCAGGCCAGGAAUGAUCAGCUCUGUAGCGUGAGUCCAUGUCCAUUCAGAGUAGAUUGUGCCAGUCCCCAUGCAUGGGAGAAGACAGCAUUCCUGGGUAUUAUGUUAGCAGCAUCCUGCGCUUCCCUGCUGCUCUGUGUGGUGGAGUUGGUCUGUGUGCUGUGUAGAGCCAGGCAGAGGCAGCCGGAUGGAGCAAAGGCCCUGCGGUCCACGUCACAGGUUAAGGAGAGGCAGUGUUUCCUUAGCCAGCUGCUGAGCCUGUGGCACUCCCAUGCCGGUCUCUUAGGUAGAACCGUCCUCCCGGUGUUGCAGCUAAUGCGGCUUGUGAUCCUUGGGGCAGCUGUGCAGCCAGUAUGGCACAAAGACUUCAAUGACUUUAUUUGCAACACUCUGCAGCCAGGCUGCAGCCAAACUGCCUUCAACCAAGCCUCCUUCUUCCCCUUGCACCAUUACUGGACGCUGCAGGUGGUUCUUGUUUUGGCUCCUGCUCUGAUUUUCUUCUGUUAUCUGGUCCACCUUGUCUUCAAAGGGAAACAGGAGGCUCCAGGAGCUCAGGAUAAAAGUUAUGUCAAUGGGGCAUAUUUGGGCCAAUUGUCAGCUGUGUUUCUGCUGGAGGUGGCAUUUGCAGUGGGGCAAGCUGUGACUUUUGGGUUUUCCCUGUCUACCAACAUCUCCGUGUACUCCACAUUAUGUCACCACAGAGUCGAUUGUUUCAUCUCCCAGGCAAAUGAGAAGACGCUUUUCAUGAAUAUCAUGUUCUCUGUGGCCUGCCUGUCAGCCCUGCUGACUGUGGUGGAGAUGUGCAUGGUGCUGCAGAGGGACAGGCAGAGGAAAGAGAAGCAGCAGAAGAACAACAUCUUGGAGACAUUGGCACUGCAGAUGAAGUCAGCUGAGAAGGAGGAAGCAGACACUGCAGAGGGAAAUGAAGACUGCAUGAAACUCAACACUGAAAGUUGAAUAAUGUGAAGUCCUCAGGUUGAUUCCAUCCCUGACAUUUUGAUAGAAAGCUGCUUCGCAUGGCAGAACUGCUUUGCUUUUACACUCAGAUAUUCUUUCCACUUUAUAUUUUUACAUUUUAUACUGAACAUUGUGAAUGUGCUUUAUGAUGUGUGGCACUCUGACCACACUGCAUCACUGUGAAACCUAUUUGAACUUUGUCAGGCAUUUUACUCAGAUAAUGUGUGAGCUUGUUUGCAGGAGCUCAUUAUAUAAAUAAAGUUCUGCUUCACUA